AUGAAGUUGCAAAUCUCCUUUCUGUUGAUGCUGUUCCCCAUGAGCAUCAUCUGUACUGGCGAAAGCUUUUAUCCUGAACGGUAUCAGCAACAAUCCAGUGUCCCAGUGAAAGGGCCACCUUUCCUACCUUUCAGUGUAAAAAGCCAUGUUGUAGCAGCAAGGCCAGAACAAGGACCCGCUGGUCCAGCAGGCCCUCCAGGCCCAAGGGGACUACCGGGUCCUUCUGGAGCUCCAGGAAAACCAGGAUACGGAAGCCAAGGACCACAAGGACCUCCAGGACCUCCAGGACCACCAGGACUUUCAGUCGCCGGAAAGCCAGGACUACCAGGCUUGCAAGGAAAACCAGGCAACCCAGGAUUAACUGGUGAAAAAGGAGACAUGGGCCCUGCAGGUCUCCCCGGGCCAAGAGGUCCCCCAGGAGCCCCUGGAGUUCCUGGUCCAGCUGGGAUCUCUGUUGCUGGGAAACCAGGACUGCCAGGGGCACAAGGGCCAAGGGGUUUCCCUGGCGAGAAAGGUGACCCAGGCAUUCCUGGUAUAAAUGGACAGAAGGGAGAAAAUGGAUAUGGGGUUCCAGGUCGCCCAGGUGAAAGGGGUCUGCCAGGCCCACAGGGUCCUUCAGGACCCCCAGGACCUGCAGGAAUAGGAAAGCAUGGGGAAAAGGGACUUCCAGGUUACCCCGGUGCUAAAGGAAACCCGGGUUUACCGGGUACCCCAGGACCAGCUGGCAUCCCAGGUCCCCAAGGUCCUCCUGGGGAACCCGGACAGCCAGGAAUAGGCAAACCUGGACCAGUUGGGCCAGUAGGAUUACCAGGAAGUCCCGGACCAAAAGGCCUUCCAGGUCCCUCAGGCUUGCCUGGGCCCUCUGGACUCCCAGGAUUUGGAAAGCCUGGGUUGCCAGGAAUGCAGGGUAACAGAGGACCUGAAGGCCUCCCUGGUACCCCAGGAGCAAAGGGAGAACAAGGCCCAGCUGGUGCUCCAGGAGAACCAGGGCCCAUUGGACCAGUUGGAAAUAUGGGCCCUCAAGGACCCAGGGGUGCAGCUGGAGAAAAUGGCAUUCCAGGGCUGAAGGGUGAAAGAGGCCCUGCAGGUCCAGCUGGGUUGCCAGGUGUUAAAGGGGAGAGGGGUCUAGCAGGAUUAGAUGGCAAAUCUGGGCAGCCGGGAGAACCAGGACUUCCUGGCCCAAAAGGAUAUCCAGGUUUGCCAGGUCCUAAAGGGGAUCCAGGUCUUGCCGGGUCACCUGGCUUACCUGGACCAAUGGGUUCUCCGGGACUUAAAGGAGCAGCAGGUAUCAAUGGUGAGCCAGGUCCAAGAGGUCCAUCUGGAAUACCAGGUUCAAGAGGACCAGUUGGUCCUCCAGGGAUCCCAGGAUUUCCUGGCAGUAAAGGAGAACCAGGAGCACCAGGACUACCAGGCCCAGCUGGCAUCUCUACAAAGGGUUCAGAUGGACCUAUGGGUCCUCCUGGACCUAUGGGUCCCAAAGGCCACAACGGAGAGCCUGGAUUGCCAGGUCCCCCUGGUCCCCCAGGUCCCCCCGGAGAAGCAGCAGUCCCACAAGGCCAGGCCCUGGCAGGACUGCCUGUUAUGAAAGCAGGUACAGUCCAAGGCCUAACUGGCAUGCCAGUGUCAGCUUUCACUGUCAUUCUUUCCCAAGCAUACCCUUUAGCAGCUUCCCCUAUCAAGUUUGAUAAAAUUCUGUACAAUAGGCAACAGCACUACGACCCCAGGUCAGGCAUCUUUACUUGCAGGAUUCCAGGACUCUACUAUUUUGCUUACCAUGUCCAUGUGAAAGGAACACAUGUUUGGGUUGGCUUGUACAAAAAUGGCUCCCCCAUCAUGUACACUUUUGAUGAGUACAAGAAAGGAUACCUUGACCAGGCUUCUGGUAGUGCUGUUGUGGACCUCAUGGAGAAUGACCAGGUCUGGUUACAGCUGCCCAACAAAGAAACAAAUGGCUUGUUCUCUUCAGAGUAUGUUCAUUCUUCCUUCUCAGGUUUCUUAUUUGCACAAAUAUAACAUACCAUUUUUUAAAAAUGGUAUCUUGGUAUGUGUGUUUCUACUGCUAGAUGUCCAACAGAGACUAGCUAAAGAAAAUCUGAACAUUAAAUUAAACUUCUAAGAAAAACGCUGCAUGAUGCAUAUCGUAGGUGCUCUUUUUAAAAGACAUUUUAAAAGAUAAUUUAAUUAUUCACAAACUAUAAUCCUAUGUUAAUAUAUCACACAGAAAUGUAUUUUAUCUGCCGAAAUAGUGAAAUGUUAAUUAUAAUUACCAAGAUUAGGUAUCAUGAAAGGGGUAUCAUUACCUAGUCUUAUAUAAGCUUUCUCAUUCAUUGAUAUGAGUAGAAAGGAAGUAUUUUAAUGUUGCCAUUCUCAUGCUUGAAUAAUUUGAAUAACAAGAAGGGUAACAAUUUCAGAUUCAAUGGGUGUAGGAAUACAGUCUAGUAUAAACCACUUUCCUGCUUUCAGAAACUAUUAUCAUAGUCAAAAGAGGUUGAAACACACAAAGAGUCAGAAAGACUACAAAGUUCUCUUUUGAAAUCAGGAGCUCCAACUUAUGUGGAACAAUGUUUAGAACAGAGUGGAACAGAGAUUGCAAUUAUCACUGACUAGUUCAUGGGAAGCUCAUAUUCAUUAUGAAUUAUGAACUUUUUCCCAAUGAGUAAUUAAACCAAUGAUGCAUUCAAAUUUAUAUAGUAACAUUAAAUAAGGUUCCAGAUACAUUAGCUUGGUAUGGCUUGGUUCUGUCAGCAGUUUCUAUUACAAGAAAAAUAUACAAUGAAGUAGUGUUGAAGCCUUUAAACACUUAAAUAUAUUAGGAUAACCCGGAUGCUGGUAAAUGUUUUGUCAUCAGCUGCAUCUUGACUAAAAACCCGACUCAAAAGACCAGGAAUGCUCAUGGCAACAUGCUCUAAAUUAGGUCAUCGGUCACCUCACAGAGCCACACAUUGGCCCCAGUCCAGAUAGAACGAUUAUUCACAUGCAAAAGCUAUGUGCAUGAGUGGGAAUGUACAGCUCUUCUCGUAUUGCAAGAUGAAUGCAGUCAAGUGCAACACCAACCAGAUGAGCAGUGCUGUUUGGAUGGGAACGGCCAUCCCGAGGCACGGCUGCACCCCACAUGGGGGGCUGCUUCUGUAGGUGAAUCUUUCUUGCUGGCUACUAUUGUGUGACCAUGCUUAUUGCAUGCACAUUUCAUGCUAACUGGAUAGAAUACCCACUCCCUUUUACUGGUAUGGCUGGAGGUAAAGGAUUAUUUAACUCAACUGACUUGACAAAGUAAUUUAUAUAGCUACCCUUUACAGAAAUCUGUCUUUUCAUGGCAGAUAAUGAUAUGCAUCAGAUAUAGAAACUGUAUUAUUUAUGUUAAUUUUAUACUAUGGUACUUGUACAAUUGUUCAGCUAAGGCACAAUUCUAUGCAAGUUUAGACAGAAAAAAGGCAUACAACUCCCAAUAUUACUUGCUGGGGCAUGCUGGGAAUUGUAGGCCACUUUUCUUUCUAAAAUUUCAUAGAUUGUACCCUUCUGUACCAAUAUAGGACCAUUUAGCAUUG